AUGGAGCAGCGCACCGUGUACGUCAUCACCCCCACGUACCGCCGGCCCGAGCAGCUGGCCGAGCUGACGCGCCUGGCGCAGACGCUGAUGCACGUGCCCGUGCUGCACUGGCUCGUCAUCGAAGACGCGGCCCGCACCACGCCCGCCGUCGCCGAACUCCUCGCCAGGACCGGCGUCCGCUACGACCACCUCGUCGCGCCUAUGCCGGAGGAGUGUAACAUCCUACCAGGAGGCAAACCACGUGGAGUGCCACAGCGAAAUAGGGGCCUGCAGUGGAUAAGAGCAAACGCAUCGAGAGGUGUCUUGUAUUUUGCUGACGACGACAACUCUUACGACAUUCGGUUAUUUGAAGAAGUGCGGUCUACUGAGAGAGUAGCAAUGUGGCCUGUAGGCUUAAUCGGAAAUUAUGGUCUCAGCACACCUGUGGUUGUAGAUGGCAGGUUAGCAGGCUUCUAUGAUGGCUGGAUAUCUCAACGAAAAUUUCCUGUAGAUAUGGCAGGGUUUGCAGUGAGUGUAGAAUUCCUGUUGCAGAGACCAAACGCUUUUAUGCCGUAUGAGACUGGGUUUGAAGAAGAUGGUUUUUUGAAGAGUCUGGCGCCGUUUGAGCCCAAUGAAAUAGAACUAAAAGCAAACAACUGCACCAAGGUACUGGUGUGGCACACUCAGACGAAGAAGAAUGAACCAUCAGCACCUCUAGACAUUAAAAAAUACAACAACACAAAUUUGGUACUUCUGAAAAAACGAACUGUGUAGGGAAGUUCGUUCACCGAUGAUACAAAUGUAGCUAAAGUGCCAUUGUAACUUUCAGAAUCUAUGAUUUGAGUGUGUUUUCUGCUGAUUUCUUUAACUGCAAGUCACAUUACAUACUUCUAUUUAAGUACUGAAAAUUUUGGCACUAAGACUGGAACUGAAUAUUUUAUCGUCAAUAAACUCAUUCAAAUUAAAUGAGUUUAUAUGAUAACUUUAUCAUACAUUAAAAAGUUUACAUACUGAUGCUAAACAUAAUAAAUUCUUCUAAAUCAAAGCACACAUUCAGUUUUGAUCUCUCUUUCUGUGUAGUCCUUCAUUUGUAAAGUUUUACUCAUAUCACUGCUGUAACAAAACGCUGUCUUUUCUGUAAAUUAAAAAUCAAUAAUUAUAUUAAGAAAUUUGUAGCUGUGAACUGUAAAAAUAUGGACUGAAAUGUACCUGGCUGCACACAAGUAAGCUGUCAUAUGGCUGUAACAAUUGCUGCUACAUUGUUAAAAGAGGAUGUAAAAAGGAACAGAAUAUUUAUUUGUAAUGUGUCUGUGUGCUGGUGUGUCAAGAGGGAAAUGAUGAGAGAGAGAGAGAGACGCAUGAUAACUGACUAUAAAGAGUGUACAACAUGCUGGUCAAGGACAAGAUCUACUCAUAAAAGUAUUUUUACUGCAGCUAUGCAAUACAUUAAACAUUGAGAGCUGGGAAUUAUAGAGUUCAAUAAUAUAUUAAUUUUCUUGAAGAAGAUAUUCUAAAAUAUUUUUAUCAUUCAGCCUAUCGAUACAACCUGCUUUGAACAAGAUACAAACACGUAAUGUUCUAGUUGUGAGUACCCUUGCUAUCGCUCCAGGAUUGUCACACUUGUUGAUUUUCCAUGUGUUUCAUAUAUGGCUUCAUAUAAUAAUGUGCUGAGUCCUGUAACUGUUUUGUAAGGCUGUCCAUUAAGAACACAAACAGUCUGUUAAUUCGCUAUUUAGUCUAUCACUGUACUUUAUAUCCUUGGAGUUAAGUUUUCCUCAAAUUCAUAAAUACUGUAUUAUUAUCAAAUUGAAUGUCAAGUACUCAACUUUUGAAACAGCUGUAAAAGCUGAUUUCUCAUUAGUGUUGGAAAGAUGACUGAUUGAGAAGUAUUUCUCCUAGGACGGCAGUGAGAGGUUGAAAAGAAACUGACUAUGACAGUUAUACAUACAAGUACUGUCGAAAAAUUUGUUUAAUUUAGCCUUAGAAAUUAUUGACAUAGAGAACUAAAAGAAUGUAUCAGACUUUAGUUUUGUACAUAUUAUGGAAAUUGUUUCCUAAUAUGAAACUAAAAAUACUUCAACAGGUACAAUCAUACACAAUGGCAAUAACUCAGGAGGUAGCAAGUGGUUUCUCUUGCUUACAACAUUUGUUAUUUAUAACUAAAGAGAUAAUUAAGUCUGUUGUAAAUUGUAAAUGGAAACUAGCUGAUGGGAACAGUUGUUUCAUGCACCAGAAACAUAUAAUCAGUUCACAGAAUGUGAUGUAAACGUUAAACUACUUAACACAACCAAUUUUUGUAGAUAAAUAGUUGCUGUUAGCUACAAAUGAACUUUAAUACAUAACAUCUACAGAAGAAGCAAGCCAUUAACUACUGGUUGUAUGUGCUAGAUAAGUACCUCAGUUUACUGAAAUCAAAGCUAAAAUAUUAAAUCUUAAUUUUCAUGGAAGGGAAAUGAGAUAAUGGUGUUGGGGACGGAAAGCCAACAAAACAUUAAGAGAGGAUACCUUGAUGCUCAGUGGUGUCAAGGCUGAGCAACCCGCUUAAAGUAUGGAAAGGAUGCAAUUUGUAUCAUCUAUGCUACAACAAAACAGACACAUGUUUUAUCAGCACAGUAACGCAAACAGAUUUAAUGUGAAUAAAUUCAACAUAUCAGAGCUAUGAGCAAGAGUUCUUUCGCAAGAGAUUUUCAUUAUACUGGUCCAUUAACUUCAUACAUUGUUUGGUGUCAUUUACUGGUAUAUGUAGAGACCUGAUUUAAGUGUGCAUGUAUGUGCAGUUUCUUUACUAUCUUUUUCCAUUUGGCAUCUCAAACUUUAUAUGAGGAAUUAGUCUGGAAAUGUGAGUGAAAUGGCAGAAAUGCGGGAUCCAGAAAUUCCUGUCCGAUCUGUUCAGUUGCAGUAUCUCCUCAAGGGCUACCAAAGAUGAGACACCGUAAAACUCAUUUCGUCUUCAUACUAUAAGUAUGAGGGUAACGGAAGAGAAAAGAUAAUUAAUUUCACUUUCUCAACAGUGUGUAACGGGAAAACCUUACAUACUUGCAGAUGAGCUAGUGGCCUUCUGUCCCGGCCGAAACAUUUUCUGUUCGAGAGUUUGGACUCCAUAAAUCGGAAGCCAGUGAUUCCCCAGUGUCAACCACACGCAGCCUGAGAGUUCACGACAGAUCGCAGGAUGCGCAUGCGCGGUAUAGGCUGCACGUUUCUGAUCUCGCUUGCCCAGAGGUAAAAUUGUAGAUUGUUGAAAUAUGAGUAUACGUGUGAAAUAUCAUUCAUAAAGAGAGUUUUCGCCAUUCAGUAGCAACAGUUGAAAACCCGUAACUCAGCUAGCUUAUAAGGCAAGGAGAAGUGCAAUAUGUAAUCUACAAUCAUAGAUUUAAUUUAAUAUAAGUAAUUGGGUACAUUAGUACCUAGACCUUUUGUUUGGCAUAUUGGCACACAGGUUACUAUAUGUGUAUUUCUCAAGACGUGCCAUUUAUUAUUUAAAAUUCUAGUAUAGUUAUUGUGGUUAUUUAUUGAACUUUGUAUAUUUGUAUGCAUCAAAAUUGUCUGUUAAUGCACUUAUUAACUGUAUUUGUGAACUAUGAUACAGCGCUAG